CGCAGGAUCUCCAUGCGUGCGGAUCUUGCUCUCAGACUGUUGCUUUCUGUUGCAGCCGCGUGGAGAGAACUGAUUGACUGACGACGUCGAUUCAUUCAUCAUCGCAUCGCUCGGGAUGGCUGCGCCAUAUGCUGGUGGUGCUGCUGCUGUCGUUGGUGCUGAUGCCUUUAAUGAGCUGGACGAGUAUCGGCCGUUCACAUCGGCGUAUGACUUCUCCAUCGUCCAUCACCCCAACAAGGGCAAGGCCGUGCGGGCCAAGAGAGCCUUGGCCAGUGACUACGACGUCCUCAUCGAGAUCCCGCUGGUGUGCUGGCCGCUCCACAUGUUCUCAUCAGCGGCCAAUGAGUCUCAGAGUCUGUCCAUCCCGUGGUGCGAGCAGUGCCUGAAGAUCCUUCCUGACAAGACAGCUGAUGAGGCUGGGGCUCCUUUAUUCUGCAGUGUGACCUGUGAGCAGCAGGGUGGGCAAUGGGUCAAGAUGAUGCAGAAAGGGGCUCUGGCACGACUGAGGGGCUGGCAGCGAGAGCAUGGCAAGGACAGCCCCGUCACUGUUGAGGCCGUUGCUCGGUGCAUUGCGCGUGUUGCCGGAACGACCUGCCAGCUGCUGCCGUCGCUCAGGGACGAUGGCAGAGCGGCCGAGGGGGAUGCGCUGCGGGCGGCCUUCUCACUCGCAUGCCGCCCCUUUGAGCGUCUUGUGGCGCCACACACAGCAGAGGUCGCAGGUUUGGCUGAUACUAACGGAUAAAAGAGACAGAGUUGAGAGGUGCAAUGCAUUCGUAUGUGUGUCUGUCUGUCUGUCUGUCUGUGUGUGUCUGUGUGGUGCACGCAGAUUUUGACGUGUCGAGUGCCACGGCAUUGCUGUCGGGGGAGUUGCGAGGGGCCAUUGCAGAGCACCUGAGCGACGAGGAGCUGACGGCCACACUCGUGAGCUCCGAUACGGUGUCUUUGCUGCUGGGUCAGCUGAUGCUCAACGCCCAAUCGCUGACCAUCGCUGCAUUUGUGCCCCAGUGUGAAGGCCUCUGUGUGCUCAAAGCAGCUGGUCGGUCAGUUAAAACAGGAGAGGCACACGGAGAGGGAGGGGGGAGGGAGGGAGGCAUUGUCGCUCGGAGCUCACUUGAGCCAUUCAGCCAUCUGUGUGUGUGUGUGUGUGUGUUUGUGUGUGUGUGCAGGUGUGUGCGUCCUUCAGAGCAGCUUCAACCACUCGUGUGUGCCCAACUGUGCGGUGGGCAGCCUCAAGGAAGACUCCACACUGACUGUCACCACACUGAGAGAAGUAUGGACCUACCUAAGCCAUCGAAGAUAGGGGAGAUCAACUCCUGCGCACUGCACUCCCGCUGUGUGUGGUGUGGUGUGCGGCCAGAUAAGUGCCGGUGAGGAGCUGUGCAUCUCGUACAUCGAUUGCUCUCUGCCUCUGGCGAGUCGGCAGGAGAAGCUGAUGCACUACUUGUUUGUGUGCGAGUGCCCCAAGUGCCUCGAGCAACGCGGGAUCCAGCUAGAGGGCCAUAAGGCACAGACGUCAAGCUAGGAGUGGGGGUGACGGAUGUGAUUGACAUCCGGGAAGCUUUCGUGUGUGUAUAACUAUGAUGUGGACAGAGUGCGGGAUUUCGCUCGCUGCCUUGGG